AUGUUUUAAAAUAAAACUGAUUAUGACAGAGGUGUCAACACAUUCUCUCCAGAAGGUCGUCUGUUUUAGGUGGAGUAUGCCUUACAAGCAAUUAAAUUGGGUGCAAGUGCAUUGGCUAUUAAAGUGAAUGAGGGAGUAGUUUUGGCAGGAGAGAGAAAAUUAAACUCAACACUCCUAGAACCUAAGAGCAUAGAAAAAGUCUAUGAGAUUGAUACUCAUCUGGCAUGCACUGCCUCUGGAUUCAUUCCAGAUGCAAGAACAUUGGUUGAACAUGCAAGAGUGGAAUCCCAAAAUCACAAAUUCAAUUAUGGUGAACCCAUCAACGUGAGAGCACUCACCUAGAUAGUUUGUGAUCUUGCCCUUGAUUUUGGAGAAAGUGAUUCCAAAAACAAAACAAAAAUGUCCAGACCAUAUGGAGUAGCUUUAUUGAUUGCGGGAGUUUCCGAUUAAGGACCUUAAAUUUAUUAGACAGAUCCCACUGGAACUAUGAUUGAAUAUCAAGCCAAAGGAAUAGGUGCUGCUGAUGAAGGCAUCCAAAGUAUUUUGAAGGAACAAUACAAAUAGGACUUAACUUUAGAAUAAGCUGAAAGAUUAGCAAUUUUGUGUUUGAAGAAUGUCAUGGAAGAAAAAAUUAAUAAUAAAAAUGUAGAAUUGGCUGUUAUUACCACUGCAGAAAAAAGAUUUACAUAGAGAACUCCAGAAUAGAUUUAAAGUUUAAUUGAUAAAGUAUGA